GCUUAUAUAGAUCAACAUAGCCUCUCAGUUCAAUCAGCUGUCUCUCUCUCCUCGACUAUCAUAGGUUAUAUAUUACUGACUAAGAAACACAUACGAUUGCCAUACAUAUGUGAAGAUUAAACUGGUUCGAGAUGACCGAAAGAUCGGAAGCGGAAGGGAGCAAGAAAGGCGACAUGUGGGAUGACAAAUCUGACCAUGAUGAUGUAACAAAAAUAUAUGUAAAUUGUUCUCCUAAUGGCAUAGAGUCCAUUUGUUUCGACUAUGUCAAAAGUGGAAAACCAAUUGAUGGACCCUUCCAUGGUAAUUCGUGGAAUACUUACACGCACACGUUUGAGAUUAACCAUCUAAAAAGUGAACAUCUUGAAUCUGUUGAGGGCUACUACACAGAGGACAAAGGGAUUCAAGCACUGCAAUUCAAAACCAACUUGCGGCUUUCUAAACCGAUUGGAUAUCAUGAUGACGGAUGUACCAAGUUUAUACUAGCAGUAGGGGGAAAAAAAAUCAUUGGGUUUCACGGAUCAAUUCAUGAUUGGAAGGUGGUGUCCUCUCUAGGAGCAUACUUCACUUGGAGUACUCCUACUAGAAUAGAAGCGAUAGGAGGCAAGGAAGGCACAAAGUGGGAUGUUGGAGUCAACCAGGCCGGUAUUACAAAGAUACAUGUACGAAGUGGUCAAAAAGGCAUACAAUUCAUCAAGUUUGAGUAUGUUGACAAGGAUGGGCAUCUGAUAGGUGGGCCAAUGCAUGGUUCUAUCUAUAGAAGAGGUUCCCCACACGUGUUUGAGAUUAUGCAUGACAAAGAAUAUUUGGUGUCUGUUGAGGGUUACUACGAAGGUGAUGAUGAAUGUGGGGUCAUUCAUGCACUUCAAUUCAAGACUAACAUCAAGACUUCAGAGCUUAUGGGAUCCAACACUGGUAAGAAGUUUAGACUUGCAUCAAGUGGAAUGAAGAUUGUUGGGUUUCAUGGAUAUGCUGAGAAGAAUCUAAACUCUCUUGGAGCAUAUUUCACACCGCUUACUCCAACAAAGUCGGAAUGCCACGGUAUUAUUACUGGAACUGGAAACGCCAUUUGGGAUGAUGGUGCUUUUGAGGGUAUUAGAAAGGUGUCCGUUUUUUGGGCAAGUAGUUAUAUUAUGUGUCUCAGGAUUAACUAUGAAAACGCUGGCAAAGUUGAAAAGCGUAACCAUGGAAUCAACAUUGAUAGCCAAGAAGAAGAGUUUGUUGUUGACUUUCCAAAUGAAUUUAUCACGUCCGUGGUGGGGACCACGAAUUCUUACGCGGUUUCGUCAUUGACUUUCAAAACAUCAAAAGGGAGAACGUCUCAGAAAUAUGGAAUCGAAACUUCUGAUUCAGUUGAAUUUGUCCUCGAGAGCAAAGGUUGUGCCAUUGUCGGAUUUCAUGGAUGGUAUUAUUAUACGGUGAGGGUAAUUGCGGCUCUUGGUGCAUAUUAUUAUCCGAUGCCUCUUCCUCCUGCGGAAAAGCUAGAAGCACAAGGUGGUGCUGGAGGAGCUCCUUGGGAUGACGGCAGUAAUUUCGAAGGUGUUAGAAAGAUAUACAUUGGAACUGGUGAGGUUGGUAUCGUUUCAGUCAAGUUUCUUUAUGAAAAUGACAUUCACGAGAUAAUAGUGGGAGAUCAUCAUGGGAACAAGAACCUACUUCGACAUGAAGAGUUCGACCUGGACUAUCCGUGCGAAUACCUCACAUCAGUUGAAGGUAGUUAUGAUGUAGUACCUGGAAGUGAAGAAUUUGAAGUUAUAAUUAUGCUCAUGUUCACCACCAACAAGCGAACUUCUCCAUGUUAUGGACUCGAUGAUGACCCAACCUUCGUGCUCCACAAGGAAGGUCACAAGAUCGUUGGCUUCCAUGGAAAAUCAAGUACCAUGCUUCAUAAACUUGGGGUCCAUGUGCUCCCCAUCAGCGACUCCUGAUCCUAUUUAUAUGAUUUAAAACGAAACAUUAUCCUCCUCUGUUUUCAAUAACUUUGAUUCGUUUCU